CCAGGGCUGGAGGAGAGAGGAUAUUGCCAACCAGCUGGGUCCAAUCAUAAAUUUGUGGCAAAUUCUGCAAAAGCCAGGCUUGGGGCAGCUCACCAGCAGUCUGGGAGCCAGCAGGGCUGCAAGGGUUGGCUCUGAUCACAGGCAGCCGUGGCCGGGGAAGGAAAAUUGGCCAUGUCAGAGCCAGUGGCUUCUUCACCUUCUCUUAACCAGAGCAGCAGUUCCUCCCCCAGGCACGUGUGUGGCGGUGGGGGGUGCGGGGAGUGGGUCCCACCACGGUGGGACUGGGCAGGGGCAGAACAGCUCAGCCCUGAGCACCCUGCCCUUGCCGGGCAAAGGGACCCAUGGUCAGCCACGCCGUCCCAGUGGCCUCCUGAUGUCACAAGCCAGCUCCUCGCUGCCCGCUCUCCCCUGCCCCAUGAAAAAGCAGCUCUGCCCCUGGCCACCGAGCCGCGAUCGCUCCGCCGGCGCGAGCAAUCGGAGCAGGACGGGAGCAGGGAAGCUUCAGCAGCGAUCGGCAGCUUCUGGGCGCUUCGGCCCAGCGGCCAGCCAAGGUGCCACAUGGCGUCUCAGGGCCACUACAGGAGCUGCCAAACCAAAGAGGGCGCGCGGGAACUCUCUGGUUGGCAAUCCGACGCCGCAAGCGACGGCGCGGAGGCGAUGGAGGCCGAGCCGGUGGCGGGCCGGGAGGAGGCCGUGGAGGUCGAUCCGCUUCCAGCAGCCCCGGCCGGGUACCGCGGCGCCGCUGCCAGCGAGGAAGGGAGCCCGCCGCGCCGAGAGGGUCUGGCUCCACCCGAGACGCCGUCGGCGUGGGCCCGGCUCCUCGGCCGCGCUCAGCGCGCAGGGAGGAGGCCGUGCUGCGGAGACCGCCCGUGGCAAAUGCGCACCCGGCGCUGGGCACGUCUCUCACCAGCGGAGUUUGCAGAAGAGGGAGGAUCAAAGCCUCCCCGAGAUGUCUCCUCUCAUCUCUCCUCUUCCAAUAAACCUGUUCUAACCUCGGCCUUUGUGACAUUUUCGGGGGAAUAG